UUUCAAAUUUCCAAACCAAAACAAAAUAUGGAAAGCGACAUAUUUCGGACUGUUCUGAUCACAGGUCCACCCGGAGUGGGUAAAACCACGUUGGUUCGAAGGAUCUGUUCAAAGCUAAGUGAAAAGAAUCACUUAUUGAAAGGAUUCUACACAGAGGAAGUGCGCGAAGAUAGCCAAGGCCAACGGAUUGGAUUCGAUGUGGUUACUCUAACGGGAAAACGUGGGGUCCUGGCACGAAUCACCAACCCAGAAGAGACUGAUAAGCGACACCCCAAAGUGGGAAAGUACUCGGUGUUUGUCCAGGAGUUUGAGAACCUCGCAUUGCCACAACUGGACAUCAGGGAUGAUGGAGCAAAGCCUGGACUCCUGGUCAUCGAUGAAGUGGGCAAAAUGGAGAUGUUUAGCAAGCGAUUUGAGUCGACCAUCGAUGAUCUCAUACAGAAGAAACAAAUUCCUCUAGUGAUCACAAUACCCGAAAAUAGCUCCUUGAAGUUGGUGGAGCGGUUGAGGAAGUCGCCCAGAUCGAUGCUUUUCCAGGUGAACAAAUCUAACAGGGAUUCGCUUGCGGAAAAGAUCCCAGAUCUAAUCACAAAGUCAAUGCUGGUAACAUAAUAAACAUGCUUGUCUGUGUUUUAUUAGUGCCUAAA